UGCUUAGUGCUUCGUUUUGGAUACCAUCUCUCCACUUAGAGCUCCAUUGCAGGUGCUCUCUGCUUCCAGUUUCCUAUCUCCCCAACUCAUUUCUCACUUCUACUUCUUUGUACGUUACUUUUUCAUCUCCCCCGAUGGGCAAGGCGGUGAUCUCCGAUGACGAAGAUGAGGUCGAAUUGGAAGACCGGGAACCGCUUGACGGUGACGAUGUUGACGGUCACAACAUGAGGGACGAAGACGACGAAGAAGAUGAAGAAGAACAGGAUGAGUAUGAAAAGGAUGGUUUCAUAGUUGAUGAUAUUGAAGAAGAUGAAGAAGAUCUAGAGGAGAGGGAAGACAGUGAUGAUGAAAAGCAGAGGAAGAAGAAAAGGAAGAAAAAGGAGGAAUAUGUGCUCGAUGAAGAUGACUAUGAACUCCUUGAGGACAACAAUAUUAGCAUUCAACGACCAAAGGGCAGCAAAAAGUUUAAGAGGCUUAAGAAAGCUCGAAGGGACAAUGUGGAACCUUCUGGGUUUUCGGACGAUGAGGAUUUUAUAGAAAGCAGCAGAGGUGGACGAACGGCUGAGGAAAAACUUAAACGUAGCUUGUUUGGUGAUGAUGAAGCGCCACUUGAGGAUAUUGCGGAAGAGUUGGAACAACCUGAAGAGGAAGAAGAUGUCGACAUUGGAGAUGAGGAUGAAAUGGCUGAUUUCAUUGUAGAUGAAGAAGUUGAUGAAGAUGGGGCUCCCUUAAGGAGGAGGAAGUUGAAGAAAAAAAAAUCCAGGCAAGCACCCGGUGUUUCAUCAACUGCUUUGCAGGAGGCACAUGAAAUUUUUGGCGAUGUCGAUGAGCUCCUUCAGCUUCGCAAGAGAGAAUUGGAUACUCAUGAGUGGCGUGAGAAUAGAUUAGAAGAUGAAUUUGAACCGAUUGUAAUUUCUGAGAAGUAUAUGACAGAAAAAGAUGACCAGAUAAGGGAGAUUGAUAUGCCCGAAAGAAUGCAGAUUUCAGAAGAAAGUACCGGGUCUCCUCCUAUGGAUGAGAUGAGUCUGGACGAUGAAGCCUCAUGGAUACAUGGUCAUAUUGCAAAUGGAAUGAACUCUUUGUUUGGCAAUGCCAGUGGGCAAGACCUAUCUGUAACAAAGGAUGAUAUUCUGCAGUUUCUGGAUCUUGUACAUGUCCAAAAAUUAGAUAUACCAUUCAUUGCCAUGUAUAGGAAGGAGGAGAUUCUAAGCUUGUUAAAAGAUACAGAACAUGACGCUGGUAAUGAUCAGGAUAAAAAUGAUAAAACGCCAACUUUAAAGUGGCAUAAGAUACUUUGGGCAAUUCAAGACUUGGACAAAAAGUGGCUGCUUCUUCAAAAGAGAAAAAAGGCUCUUCACUUAUAUUAUAGAAAGCGAUUUGAGGAAGAGUUACGCAGGGAUGAUGAUGUAACUAGACAAUCAUUGAAUAGCCAGCUUUUUGACUCGGUCAAGAAAUCUCUUGAGGCAGCUGAAUCAGAGAGAGAGGUAGAUGAUGUUGACUCAAAGUUUAAUUUGCAUUUUCCUCCAGGUGAAGUUGGUGUUGAUGAAGGACAGUUCAAAAGGCCUAAGAGGAAAUCACUGUAUAGUAUAUGUAGUAAGGCUGGUUUAUGGGAGGUUGCAGGAAAAUUUGGUUAUAGCUCUGAGCAAUUCGGGUUGCAACUCUCCUUAGAAAAGAUGAGAAAUGAUGAGUUGGAGGAUCCAAAGGAAACUCCUGAAGAGAUGGCAUCAAACUUUACCUGUGCGAUGUUUGAGUCUCCUCAAGCUGUACUCAAGGGAGCAAGACAUAUGGCAGCUAUUGAGAUUAGUUGUGAACCUUGUGUAAGGAAGCAUGUCAGGAGCUACUUUAUGGACUAUGCUGUGAUAUCAACAAAUCCUACGUCAGAUGGAAAUGCUGCAAUAGAUUCGUUUCAUCAAUUUUCAGUUGUUAAGUGGCUCCGUGAAAAGCCAUUAAGUAGAUUUGAGGAUGCACAGUGGCUUCUUAUUCAGAAGGCUGAAGAAGAAAAACUUCUGAAUGUCACUCUCAAGCUACCUGAAAAGCAUUUAAACAAGUUGAUAAAUGAUUUUAAUGAAUAUUAUCUCAGUGAUGGUGUUAGCAAAUCUGCUCAGCUUUGGAAUGAGCAGAGAAAGUUAAUAUUGCAGGAUGCACUUUCUGGUUUUCUUCUGCCCUCAAUGGAGAAAGAAGCAAGAUCCGUGAUGACUAGUAAAGCAAAGAAGUGGUUACUUACGGAAUAUGGGAAGAAUUUAUGGAAUAAAAUAUCUUUUGGUCCAUAUCAACACAAAGAAAAUGAUAUUAGUUCUGAUGAAGAAGCUGCCCCAAGGGUAAUGGCAUGCUGUUGGGGUCCUGGAAAGCCAGCUACCACCUUUGUGAUGUUAGACUCAGCAGGUGAGGUGCUUGAUGUUCUUUAUACUGGAUCUCUCACCCUACGUUCUCAGAAUGUGAAUGACCAACAAAGGAAGAAAAACGAUCAAGAGCGAGUUUUGAAGUUCAUGACAGAUCAUCAACCACAUGUUGUUGUUUUAGGAGCUGUUAAUUUAUCUUGUACCCGAUUGAAAGAUGAUAUCUACGAGAUCAUCUUUAAGAUGGUGGAGGAGAAUCCUAGAGAUGUUGGACAUGAGAUGGAUGGAUUAAGCAUUGUAUACGGUGAUGAGUCCCUUCCUCGUCUGUAUGAAAAUUCUAGGAUUUCCUCUGACCAAUUGCAAGGGCAAUCAGGCAUUGUGAAACGUGCUGUUGCUCUUGGACGUUAUCUGCAAAAUCCUUUGGCUAUGGUUGCAACACUUUGUGGUCCAGGAAGGGAGAUCUUAUCUUGGAAACUAAAUCCUUUGGAGAAUUUUCUGACCCCAGAUGAAAAGUAUGGGAUGGUUGAACAAGUUAUGGUGGAUGUGACCAACCAGGUUGGCCUGGACACUAAUUUGGCUAUAAGCCAUGAAUGGUUGUUCAGCCCAUUGCAAUUCAUAGCUGGCCUUGGACCUAGGAAGGCAGCCUCUUUGCAGAGAUCUUUGGUGAGGGCAGGAUCAAUUUUCACACGGAAGGACUUUGUUACAGUACAUGGUCUUGGUAAAAAGGUUUUUGUUAAUGCAGUUGGGUUCUUGCGUGUUAGGCGGAGUGGGUUGGCUGCGAGCAGCAGCCAAUUUAUAGAUUUAUUGGAUGAUACGAGAAUUCAUCCUGAAUCUUAUGCCCUGGCGCAAGAAUUAGCGAAAGAUGUUUUUGAUGAAGAUAUUAAAGGUGAUGCUAAUGAUGAUGAGGAUGCAGAGAUGGCCAUAGAGCAUGUCAGAGACCGGCCUCAUUUACUGAGAACUCUUGAUGUGGAUGAAUAUGCCAAGAGCAAAAAAUGGGAAGAUAAAAGAGAAACUUUUCUCGACAUAAAAAGAGAACUGAUGCAGGGUUUUCAGGAUUGGCGUAAGCAAUAUGAAGAGCCCAGUCAGGAUGAAGAGUUUUACAUGAUAUCUGGUGAAACAGAGGAUACACUUGCAGAAGGGAGAAUUGUGCAGGCCACAGUCCGCAAGGUACUAGGUCAAAAAGCAAUUUGUGGACUUGAAUCAGGAUUGACUGGGAUGCUUAUGAAAGAAGAUUAUGCCGAUGGUUCUAGAGAGAUUUCUGAUUUAUCCGAAAGGUUGCAUGAGGGGGAUAUUGUUACUUGCAAGAUCAAAUCAAUUCAGAAGAAUAGGUAUCAGGUUUUCCUUGUUUGCAAGGAGAGUGAGAUGAGAAGUAAUCGGCACCAGAUUACUCAAAAUCUUGAUCCCUACUAUCAUGAAGAUCGAAGCAGCCUACAGAGUGAGCAAGAAAAGUCUCGGAAAGAGAAGGAACUUGCGAAAAAGCAUUUCAAGCCAAGAAUGAUCGUACACCCUCGAUUCCAGAAUAUAACAGCAGAUGAAGCAAUGGAGCUCUUGUCUGACAAGGAUCCUGGUGAAAGUAUUGUCCGACCUAGUUCUCGUGGACCUUCUUUUUUGACUUUGACACUUAAAAUUUACGAUGGGGUAUAUGCUCACAAAGAUAUAGUUGAAGGUGGAAAGGAGCAUAAAGACAUCACUAGCUUAUUGCGUAUUGGGAAGACGUUGAAAAUAGGGGAUGACACUUUUGAGGACCUGGACGAGGUGAUGGAUCGCUAUGUUGAUCCUUUAGUUGCUCACUUAAAGGCAAUGCUAAGUUAUCGCAAGUUCAGGAGGGGCACAAAAGCAGAAGUUGAUGAACUUAUGAAGAUUGAGAAGUCAGAGUAUCCAAUGAGAAUAGUUUAUGGCUUUGGAAUAUCUCAUGAACAUCCGGGUACAUUCAUUUUGACAUACAUACGAAGCACAAAUCCACACCACGAGUAUAUUGGUCUCUAUCCAAAGGGGUUUAAAUUUAGGAAAAGAAUGUUUGAAGAUAUUGAUAGGCUUGUGGCCUAUUUUCAAAGGCACAUCGAUGAUCCCCAGCAUGAUUCAGCGCCAUCAAUUAGAUCAGUUGCUGCUAUGGUACCAAUGCGGAGCCCUGCAACUGGUGGCUCUUCAGCAGCAUCUGCAGGUAGCCCUUGGGGUGGUUCAUCACAUGAUGGUAGCUGGAGAAGCCAGUCAUAUGAUAGGGAUCGUUCUUCUACUCCUGGGUCUAGAACAGGGAGAAAUGACAACAGAAAUUCCAGUGGUCGCGAUGGACAUCCAAGUGGUCUGCCUAGACCAUACGGUGGACGUGGGCGUGGUCGAGGCUCAUACAAUAAUAAUAGAGGGAAUAAUGAGAGACAAGAUUCUAGUUAUGAUGGCUCCAGAUGGGAUUCAUCUUCAAAGGAUGGGGAUGAUGGAUUAAGCAACUUCCCAGGAGCUAAAACUCAAAAUUCACCUGGAAAAGAAGCCUUUCCUGGUGGCUGGAGCGCUGGUGGGAGCAGCGGGGGUGGUGGUGGUAAUGGAUGGAGCGACAGUAAAGGCGGUGGCGGUGGAGGUUGGGGUGGGACUGGUGCGAGUUCAGUAGGUAACAGUGGGGGGUGGGGUUCAUAACUCUAAACCAUUUUCUCUCAACUAGAUGCCAUUUGAAGGUCUACUAGGUGAUCAGUAAUUCUUACCGAUCUUAUUACACCGCAGCUUCUUAUGAUCUUUAGAUAGUAAUAUAGUCAGAAAUAGGUGAACCCUUCCCCCUCUCCUGAUGUCUUCUGCCUUUUACUCUUUCACAGUGACAAAAAAUAACUCAUCAUAUUCAUUCAGGUGGUUGGGGAGGGAGGGGGGAAAUGGGUGGGGUGGAAUUCACCUUAUAUAGGAAAAGAAAAGGUUUUGAGGGCUGUAUUUAUAAGCCUCUUUUGUCCUAAAAGCUCGCUCUCGGUCGAACCGAUUGCUUGAUGUGAAUACUUGAGCACAAAAAUCUACCAUUGCUGUAUGUCGACAUCUUCUUACUGCUAACUUAGUUCCAUCAGUCUUAAGUGUUCGUUUUCUUUUACGUUUUGGCUUGGUUGGUCGAUUUUAGUUUUUCGAAUAGUUCAGGUUACCUUUUUUUUUUCUUUGGGAAGAUGUAAGUUAGCUAUAGUUGUUUGGGCUAGACAAGACUUUGUAGGCGCACAAUAUAAUAUUCUGGGAGUUCUGGAUCUUUUUUGGUUCAGUGUAAAUAUUUUAUUAUCCAGUUCCAGUAGUUUAUAGUA